AUGCUACGGAUAUUCAACGCCCCGACGGCCAUGCUUGGUCUGCUCGCAAUCGCCUAUCUCCCGUCCACCUUCGCAAAGCCAUAUCCCGUCCACUUCGACGAGUUCCGGGAAGCCCACGGCGGCUCGCAACUCGUCGAGCGCCAGCAAUGCCCUGCCGAUCGCAUCUGCGGGUGGGAAGGGAAACUCUGCUGCGCGACAGCCAACGCCUGCUACACUGAUGCCAACGGCCAAGCUCAGUGCGGCGCUGGCACGGACACUGGCGGCGGCAGCGGAGUAUGGCAGUACUACACCACGACCUAUGUUGAGACGGUCGGUCUCGUGACCAAGACAUCAGUCUACAGCUCGCUCCUCAACGGCGGCGGCGCUGCACCAACCGGCGGAUCGUGCGGAAGCUCGCAACAGCCCUGCGGCAGCUCAUGCUGCAACUCGGGCCUCUACUGCUACGACCCGUCCAAGAACCAAUGCGCUGCCAUUGGCGGCGGAUCCAGCGGCGGCAUCGCGCCCACCGUCGUCCCCCCAGGCCUCGUCAUAGUCACCUAUACCGGUCGCCCGACCGCCACCGUUCCCUUCCAAACCCCCAUUCCCACCGGCGCACAAGGCAACCCUGAGCAGGUCGCUGCAGGCGGCGGAGGCCUGUCUGGCGGUGCCAUCGCUGGUAUCGUCAUCGGCGUCCUCCUCGGCAUACUCCUGCUCCUUCUGCUGUGCUUGUUUUGCUGCGCGCGCGCUCUGUUCGACACCGUCCUGGCCAUCUUCGGCAUCGGCAAGAAGAACAAACACACCCACGAAGAGACCUACAUCGAGGAGCACCGUCAUAGUGCCGGCGGCGCAGCAGCAGGCGGGCGCUGGUACGGCCAGAACCGACCCGCGCGCCCCAGCCGUGUCGGCAGCGAGAAGAAGAGCGGCAUCGGCAAGGGCGCGGGCGUAGCUGCUGCGCUGGGCGGACUCGCGCUAAUGAUGGGCCUCAAGAAACGACAGGAUAGAAAGCAUGACGACAAGAGCACGACGGUUAGUGGGAGCAGCUAUUAUUAUAGCGAUUACACCAGUUCAAGCAGCGCUAGUUCUUCGGAUCGCAGGACAAGGAAUACGAGACAUUCGUCUAGGCGAUAGACUCUGCUCCUUUUUUUCCUUUCGAACUUCAACUUUGCGACGAAAUGUGUAUAAAGUCUUUUCGCUUCCACUUCGAGUUUGUGUUUUUGCAGCGUCUUUUUUUUCUACGUGGGCGGGUCAGUUGGCAUUUUUGAUAAAGCGGCGUGAGCAUAUCCGCGCUUGAGGCGUUUUGGGAAUGCGCGAGCUGAGCAGUAAUGACUGAGAGAACGCGAAUGAGAAUGAUGGAUAUGGGAUAUGUAUAUGGACGUGGAAGAAUGGGGCGGCCUAAAGAAGGUUGGCGAAAAUACGAUUACGAUUCCGUUC